AUGCACUUUAAGAUAAUUGUAGAAUCGAUUGAAUCGUUUGACGAUGAACAGUCGGUUGGAUUCUGCCUUUAUAAAAACAAGAACAACAACAUGUCUUUAGACGUAUGUUCUUCGUCUGAAGGGGAGCUCAAUUCGCCCAGUGUAGUUGAUCUAUCAUUCGACGUUCACUUUUACACUCUAGAAGACGGUCCUCAUAAUAAACGAAAGCCAGCAAAAGUCGUGCGAAGGGAGGUGAAUAGAGAAGAAGGCACUUCGGUGACUUGUUCUGCAUUACCGAGUGUAGAACACAGUCUCGCACUUGCUAUGACUCAGGCUACUGCUGCAAAAGAUUGCUGCCAGUUUUGUUGUGGAAAUGGUGCCGACGUUAGUUACACGUUGAACAGACUCGAAAACAAAGUGGAUCAUAUCCUUGCAUCCAUGAAUGUCGUUAUCGAUCAUAUCCGCAAUGCAGAUUUGUCGAAGGAUAAAAGCGCUGACCAUGGCAACCUGGUCACUCAGCUGUCCUCUAUUCCGACGUUCCAAAAAUCGAUCUCCUCGGCCGUUCAAAAAUCCAGCGAAAUCGACCGUAUUUUACAAGGUACGUGUAGGAAAUUAUUUGACGCGCUUAUUUAAUA